AUGCGGCUUCGUGUCGAUCGUGUGAAGGAUGUCAAUGCCCAGAAGUUGUUGAAGGAGUUCGAGAACAUCGGAUUCAAGGAGGGUGAGUCUAUCGACGACUUUGGCAUGCGGAUCACCAAUCUUGUCACCAACCUCAAGACGCUCGAGGAGACGGUGGAUGACACCCGCGUGGUCAAGAAAUUUCUCCACGUGGUGCCUCCCCGUUUCACCCAGGUGGUGGUCUCCAUCGAGAUGUUCUACGAUCUCAAGGUGAUGACGGUGGAGGAGCUGGUGGGGCACCUGCGUGCGGUGGAGGAAUGA